AUGGGAGCCAGCACCACAUUCAAGGUCAUCAUCGCUGGAGCUGGGCCUGUAGGGCUGCUGAUGGCCCACGCGCUCAGCCGUGCAGGGGUCGAUUUCGUCGUGCUGGAAGAGCAAGAUGAAGUGGUGCGGCACGCUGGUGCUGGGAUCGCCCUCAUGCCCGGGUUGGUCCGGAUUCUGGAUCAGAUUGGUGUUCUCGAGCACAUCAAGCGACAGGUUUUUCUCAGAAACAAGAUGGAUCUUGUGACGAACGGGACGGUGUUGCAGCAGUGGCCGUUAUUCGACUUGGUGGCCGAAGCUUUCGGCUAUAGGAUCAUCCAGACGAGUCGAAAGGAUGUCAUAGAAGCGCUGUUCACGACAUUGCCUGGCCAUAGCGAGCGAGUCAAGACUGCAAGUAAAGUCUCCAAGGUCGACCUGCGUGAUGACGGAGUCACAGUCCACCUGGCGAAUGGCGCCACCGUCGACGGCUCGAUCCUCAUCGGUUGUGACGGAGUCCACAGCCGCACCCGGCAAAUCAUGCAGCAGCUACGCGAAGAGGCCGGCGGCUCGGCCGCUGUUGACGACGAUGCGACGGUCAUGGAGAGACGGUUUGCCGGGAUAUACGGGCGCGUCGACAACCCCGUAGGCAUCGCGCCCGGGUUCUUCUACGAGUCGCGCGAGGCGGGCUUCCUGAUGCAGAUGUCCGUCGGCGACGACGUCCUCUGGUACGUCUUGCUCAGGCACCAGCUGCCGUCCCCGGGCCGGACCAGGUACACGGCCGAGGAAUGCGACGAGUUUGCCAAAGCGCUAGCGCAUCUCCAGAUAGCGCCGUUGGGACUUACGUUUGGCGACAUCUGGGCUCGGACGGACAAGGAGACUGCCGUCCUAGUCGACCAGCAGCAGGGGUGUGCUGAGAAGUGGCAUCACGGCGGCCGUAUUGUCCUGGUGGGUGAUUCGCAGCUCAAGGUCACCAGCGAGUCCGGGGCGGGCUUCAUGGCUGGGGCAUAUUCUGCUGUGCAGCUGGCCAACGAGCUCCAGGAUCUGCUGUCGAAACAGUCGGGACCAGGUCAGCCAAGCGCCUCGGACCUGGAUGCCGCAUUCGCACGAUAUCAAGUGGCCCGCAUGCCGGCAAGCAAGGCCAUGCUGGAGUCAGACAUUGCAAGGUUGGAUCAGUCGAUGUGGGGGUCGUGGAAGGGCUGGUUGAUGGACCGCUGGGUGGUCCGCAUGCCAUGGGUGGACAUGGCAAAAAUCUUCAAGACGAGAGCAAUCCCGCGCAUGGCAGGCGCCCCGGUCCUACGGUACGUGCCUUUUGAGGGGAAGUCCGGAACUGCUGAAUGGCAGAUAAAAGUCCCGAGGGUAGAAGCACUCUGA